AUGGUAAAGAAUUCUCUGAAGUGUCAAUAUUAUAUUCGAAGAAUAGUGAAAGCAAUGAAUUGCAUUAAAAUGAAAAUUCGUAAACAAUCAAAUUAGAAAACUAGAAUACCAAAAGAGUAUAAUGGUGUUGAUGAAAAUAAGGAAUUUAUCGAUAAAUUUUAAAAUUAUAAAGCACACAAUAAAGAGUUUGAAUAUUGUAAUCUUGUGAAUAUGGAAAAUAGUUAAUUAAAAAUUUACAAAGAGUCAUGUUAUUUUGGUUAGAUAGCAAAUGGAAAAAGAAAUGGAAAAGGAGUUUUAAUUUGUAAUAAUGGAAGAAUUUAUGAAGGAAAUUUUGAGAAUAAUAGAAAGCAUGGUUAAGGAUAUGAAUAAUUACCAGAGAAUUGUAUAUAUGAAGGGAUGUAUAUAAAUGGUAAACCAGAAGGAAUUGGUAAAUUUAUAUGGGGAAAUGGAGAAAGUUAUGAAGGAAGUUGGUUAAAUGGUUUAAAACAUGGAUAAGGAAUUUGGGUAGGUAUAAAUAAAGAUUCUUAUAUUGGAGAAUGGAAAAUGGGUAAUCCGUAUGGAUUUGGGGUAUAUGUUGCAAUAAAUGGGGAUAAAUAUGAAGGAGAAUUUCAUAAUAAUCUUAAACAUGGAUAUGGAAUUGAAUAUUUAUCUAAUGGAGAUAUUUAUAAAGGAUAUUAUUCUAAUGGAAAACCAGAAGGUUAAGGAGAAUAUUCUUGGAAUUCAGGAAGUUAUUAUAAUGGAACAUUUCUUAAUGGUUUAAGACAUGGAAAGGGUAAUUGGAUUAAAGAUAAAAAUGCUAAAUAAUCUGAUAUUUAUGAAGGAGAAUAUAUAAAUGAUAAAAAAUGUGGAUUUGGUAUUUAUAGAUGGGAAACAGGUAGUAGAUAUGAAGGAAAUUUCUAUGAAGAUUUAAGACAUGGAUUUGGAAAAAUGUUUUGGAAUGAUGGAUCUUAUUAUUUUGGAAUGUGGGAGAAAGGAAAUUAAUGUGGAGAAGGAGAAUAUGUAUAUAUUUAUAUUAUAAUUAUAUAUAAGUGUAAAAAUGGAGAAUAACCUAAAUUUGGUCUUUUUGAAAAAAAUAUUCUUAUUAAAGAGGAUUUUGAUAAAGUUAAAAGAUAAUCUAAUAAUAUAAGAAUUAGAUAAUAUACAAGUAAAUCAAUUUAUAAAAUUUAUUUCUAGCCAGUUAAAGAACAACUAGAGCAAAUAGUUAUUAAGCUACUAAUAUUUAAAAACCAUUAAACACUUUGAGACCAAAUAGUGUUAAGUAGCCAAAUCAAAACUUUUUUGGUUCAACUAAAAAUGCAUUUUAAUCUAAGAAAAAAAGAUAGUUCUCAUUACAUAAAUAAUCCAUUGAUGUCAAUUUUUGA